AACGACAGCGUCAUGCUGUAUUUCAAACCGAGGAACAACGAGAAUGAAAGGAACAUUUGGACAAAAAGGUGGAUUUUUGGAUAUUUGACUGUUCUGCGAGACUCGUUGACAGCGUUUCACAGAGACUUGUGGAUAACCCACGGUUACUUUCCUCUGUGCGCCAUGCGCGGAUCAGACUGAGCAGCCUUUAGAAUAGAGACGCCGGGGUUUACUUCGGAGAGGAUUCUUUAUAACGGCAGCUUGACUCCUUUGGAAAAUUACGCCUUGUCUUUUUUGCAUCAUGUCAACGCAUUUGUGAAGUUGUGUGACAGGAUUUAUGCAGAAUCUCCAUACGCAUGUAAGACUGCCAUGAUUUACUUGGAUGUGGCUUCGUUGUUGUCUGCGCCUACUGCAGUACUCUUGCUGGCUGUAACUUGAAAAAAAAGAGAACGAUUCUUUUGCCACGAAAACAUGGAUAGGGAGUUCUGAAACCGGAUUUUCUCCAUUUUAAUCUGGAGUUGGAAGUAAAUGAUAGCUUAUUCGCCCCGGUUCAGUUGCACGGUUAUAGAUGCAGAACUAAACCGGAUAGCACAUCCAGGUCCGGGAGAGUAAAGGGCAGGUGCGCUUUGGAGUCGGCGGCUGCGCGGAGAGACCGGGCUAGUGGAAUAGGACGGUACCUGUCUGUGGAGAGCGCGUCAUGCGGACUCGGAUGUCGCGCACUAGAAGCCAAUAAAACCUGUAGGCUGGAGCUGACAGAUACGCGGAUAUGGGCUCUGCUCUGCGGCGUCGCUGGCUAGUGGUCCAACUCCUGAUGCAGGUGUGGCUGGCGGCAAAUCCAUCUCUGAGUGAGCGCCCAUGCCCCAAGAGCUGUCGCUGUGAUGGAAAAAUUGUCUACUGUGAGUCAAGCGCCUUUCGUGAUGUCCCCAAGAACCUUUCAGGAGGAUGUGAAGGCCUGUCUUUACGGUACAACAGCCUGGCCAGUCUUCGUGCAGGCCAGUUUGUUGGCCUCAACCACCUCAUCUGGCUCUACCUGGACCACAAUUACAUUGCAUCUGUGGAUGGAAUGGCCUUCCAGGGCGUUCGCAGGCUCAAAGAGCUAAUCCUGAGCUCCAACAAGAUCACAUCACUCCACAACACCACAUUCCACCCAGUCCCUAAUUUGCGUAAUCUGGACCUGUCGUACAACAAACUGCAAGCCUUGCAGCCUGGGCAGUUCCAGGGCCUACGGAAGCUUCUGAGCCUUCACAUACGCUCAAACUCUCUAAAAACCAUACCAGUCCGUCUGUUCCAAGACUGCAGAAAUCUUGAGUUCUUGGAUCUGGGUUACAACCGCCUGCGCAGUAUCACUCGGAAUGCUUUUUCAGGCCUAGUCAAGCUCACUGAGCUGCAUCUGGAGCAUAACCAGUUCUCAAAGAUCAAUUUCUCUCACUUUCCUCGCCUCUACAAUCUGCGGGCACUUUACCUGCAGUGGAAUCGCAUUCGCUCAAUGAGCCAGGGCCUGACCUGGACCUGGGCCUCCAUCCAGAAACUGGAUCUGUCUGGGAAUGAUCUGACCGAAGUAGAUGCUGUAGUUUACCAAUGCCUGCCCAACCUGCAGACCCUGAAUCUGGACUCCAACAAGCUGACCAAUGUCUCCCAGGAGGUGGUGGAUGCCUGGAUCUCUUUGACUACGAUUAGCUUAGCUGGGAAUGUAUGGGACUGUGGCCCUGCCAUCUGUCCUCUGGUGGCCUGGUUGAGAAACUUCAGAGGGGCAAAGGAGACGGCCAUGAUCUGUGCGUCCCCAAAGAAAGCCCAGGGUGAGAAAGUGAUGGAUGCUGUUGAAGCUUUUGGCGUUUGUCAGUCAAACCAAGCAACAACGCUCACUGUGAGUAUUCCUCCAACUCCAUCCAGUGCCCCUGUGCAGACUGAACAUCUGGCUUCACCUACUGGUUCUGAUAAGAGAGGAGAGGGCUCUGUCAGAGGCCCCACUUCAUCAGCUGUUACCCCACCUGUGGCACUUCCCCCAGAGCAGGACUUGGAGCCCGUGUCCUUCCAUAAGAUUGUGGCUGGAAGCGUUGCCCUUUUUCUAUCUGUUGCGAUGAUCCUGUUGGUAAUCUACGUGUCUUGGAAGCGCUAUCCUAGCAGUGUGAAGCAGCUGCAGGAGCAUUCGGCAGCAGCCCGCAAACGCCGCAAGAAAUCUAGAGAGACGGAGCGCACCCUGAGCUCUCCUCUGCAGGAGUACUAUGUGGACUACAAGCCCACCAAUUCUGAGGCCAUGGAUGUGCUUGUAAAUGGGACCGGACCCUGCACCUAUACCAUCUCAGGCUCCAGAGAAUGCGAGGUCCCCCACCAGAUGGGUGCGCUGACCUUCUACCGCUAUGAGCAGCCUAUCGUGGACUACUGCCAGGCUCAUCAACCCUUGAGGCUCAACAUGGGCUAUGAGGGACCCCCACAGGGCCUGGAAGGCCUGGAGGAUCUGGGGCCGUGUGAUAGGGGCACUAUACAGACAGUGGCGCUGCCUGCCGUGCCCUCUGCCGCCAACAUGGGUGCCCCUGUGCCAGGGCCUCGCUCUCCUCCACCACCCCUCAGACCACCGACUGAAGGCCCCAGUAGUGGUCCUUUUCCACCCACUGAGCGUACCGGCACACUCAAAUUUGGACGCUAGCGAGCUGAGCCCGGUUGUUAGAAGUGGGGCAAGGACCUCUGAUAUACCGUGACUUUGAAAUGAAGGGGCAGGCGAGCUGGUUAUUCGGUGGGGCCUUGUUUUCAGAACAUGAGAACGUGAAACAAGAUGACAAAAUUUUCUAAUUCUGCCUGGAAGGAUUUAGCAUCUGAAACACACAAUCUUACCAAUAUACAGUGGAGGCUGAGACAUUCUUACUGAUCAUUUUGAUUUCUUUUUCCAAAGCACCUCAUAAUCCCCUUACUACUGACUCAUGGGAGAUAAUUAUUAUAAUUAUGACAAAAAGUAUGAUCUUGUUUCCAAAUCUGUUUUUGUGCCAUAUUCCAUGACAACAUCCCAGGGCACCUGUUCACAGCAUAACAGCUGUCCACUUGCGCUGAUUCAGGAGUGAAAGAGGAAGUGCAAUAAACAGAAGUUCUCAAUCACAAAAAGUGAGAAACAGAGAGUGACAUGAAUGAUAAAAAAAAAUGGAGCUGGAUCAUGUAGCGAGCAGGAGGCUUCUUACUAUGAUUAUUAUUAAAAUUUCUUCUCAGUAGUCGUUAACAUAGGCAAAUCCAUAUCAUUAUUUCAUAAAGAUGAUUCAUUUUCGUAAGACAAGUAAUUACAUAAAUAUUCUCUUUCUCUUGUUUUACUGUUUCUUUGGGUGUGGGAUCUCAUGCUGGAUUCCAUUAAUGUGCAUGUCAAACCAAAGAGUUCACUUAUAUUUUUCUUUAAACGCACAUAAGCUACUUCCCCUGAGGGCAUUCUUAAAAUGCCAGUUGGUCCACUAAACUCUGAUAAUUCACAUUCACAAUUAAAACCAAAUCUCUCGGUAGUCUUGGAUGGACUGGUGUUGUCUUUACAGAUUAGCAAAGUAAUCAAGCGUUACAUAAAAGUGAAGUAGUGAAACUGAAAUUUUAAAGAGGCAUUCAUCAUAAUGAUGGAUCUUACCUCAUCCUCCCAACAUCUGUUCAAUUGUUAUACACAGUUGUAGUGAUGUGAUGAACAACAACAAACACUUUUAGAGAGGAGAUUUUAUGGCAUGAUCCAUAUAUUUCUUGAACAUACAGGGCCCUUUAGCAGAAUAACAGGUCUUUGUAUAUGAUUAUAUCCCAGCUGAAUGACUCACUAUGCUUUAAAGAGGUAAUCAUGGGGAAUUUAUGUGGUAAAAUAAGUACAUUUGAUUGCAAAGUAUUGUACAUAUUCUUAAAAAAGGUCCACUUUACUGACAGUCAAACCUCUCUCACUGCCCCAGUCAUUUGAAACAUUGCAGAGUCAAUGUUUGACUUUCAUCACACUGGACAAUUUGGAGAGCACCAUGUUGCUGGGUUGGCAAAGCUCUGUCCAUGUGCUCCCAUCACCCCUCCACCACAGAGGACAACAGUGCCUAGUGGGGGCAUGUUGAACCAGCACGUUGACUUCUGUUUGACCUGCGUAUGAACCCAUGGACUGUACUGGGAAUAUUGCCUGACAUCUCCUUUUUUUCCAGAAAGUGUGCCUGCAGUGCAGGACUUAUUGCACUCGGUAACCUUUUGGCCACGGUGUCGAGCACUGCAACUCACUGACUCAUGGAGCUGAUGAGAACUUCAGAUAAGGCUGUGGUGGCCUGUCAAAUAUCAUCUCCGGCUUAAAUCCAAGCAGUGCACUGGGGUCGUUUUCUACAUGUCAGUGGUCAUACUCCUUGGAGAUAUGGAAAGUGUGCUUGAUCCUCCCACAGAGCAACUGAAAUUGCGAGGGGCCAAAAUUUCCCACGAAAGUGGUUGUAUCCUUAAGAUAAGAGAAAACAUAGGGAAUUAUUUUUGUUUUCUUUUGUUAUUUCUUUUUUUCUUUUUGGCUUGGAACAAAAGAGACAGUUUUUUGAGGUGUUCAAAGAUGAUGUCAAGAAAUUCUAUAAGACUAAUCAAAGGACAAAAUCAAAUAGAACUUAUUUAUCGUGUAAAUAGUGAAUCUUUAAAGAUGAAAAAAAAAAAGUAUGAACUUGACUUCUUCUGAAACACAAACUGCGUGUGAACAGAAGAGGAGCCUUAUUCACUUCCCAGUGGGAAUCUGUUACCAAGAUGACUCGGUGAAGAGGUUCCUACUGUACCGCUCCUGUUGUUUCAAUGAUAAAUAUUUUUCUAUCUGCUCCCGUCACUAUUCUACCAUUAAACACAAAUUAUGUUACUGAGAUUAUUUCUCAAAUCCAAUCAUUUCACAGAAACACAUGAAGAAGGGAACAUUGGGAGCCCUGUUAUUGUGAUGUACUUCAAGUGUCAAACCUCAUAGAGAUCCAUAUUUUCUUUUCUGACUUCAAACAUGUUUUAGAGCUCAUCUUGCAGGACGUGGCUAUAUGAUGCAUUGUGAGUCAUAUCCCAAUCCACUCCUCUUGUUUGAGAAUUUCAACACUAUCUGCCAUUUCAAGGUCUACUCGGGGAGAAGAAGUGUGCUAUUCUUUAUACCAAGAGUUUAACUUAUGAAGGAUGUUCUUUUUGAUGUGCCAUUAUUUUGUUAAAUGUUUGACCAAAAACCAGCCCCAAAAUAACAAGCGACCCAGAAGUCUUCAUGGUUUCAUGACUAAGAAGGGUGCAUCCCCUUCGUGUACAGGACAUUGCAUAAAAAGCAGUUGAUUCGCUCAGUACGGUUGCUUAUAGUGCUGGUGGAGUUUACUUUGUAAUAGCAGCUGUGCCAAUGUCUUUAUAAUGGGAGCUCUCUCAAUUCUAUCCAUGUAUUGUCUUGCCUUGCUCUAUAUCACCCCUGCUAACUCCUUGGCCUGAAUUUCAUGUCUGCCUCUUGGUGACUCGGGUGAACCUGUUUAAUGAUGUUCUAUUUCUGUCCGCAUGCUGAUAUUUUGGGAAACUAUGCCCAGUUAGGGAGGAGCGCUGAACCAGAGACAAACAGUGCAGGAGAUAUUUCCUGUCUGGAGUGCCCUAGAACCAGAAGCACGUGUCAUGGAUAACUUCACUCUUUUUAAAGCAACUUGUUUGCUGACCCAUCUCUGCUCCUGUCACACCUAAAGUAGAAUUCCCUGGCACUAUAUAGGCUGUCGAGCAAAGAAAGAGGCUUGUGUUGGGCACUCACUCCAGGGACAGGCUCUCCCUUUAAUAGUCUCCCGCUAAAGCCCAGUACCCCAUAUGUAGUAAUUACUCCAGUUUUCAGAACAGUGAUAAUGGAACAAUUCAGUCUAAACACAGCGAUCAAAGCUACUUUGCCCUUCAUGUGUAAUUAGAAAAGGCUAAUAAAAUCUUUGUAUGUUCACAAUUAAAUCAACUACUAAUAAGCGAUUGACUUAUUAGUAAUCAUGACUACCUCCCUGAUAAAAUCAGAUAUGUU